CAUGCCCAUAUUGCAUACCUUGAAGCCAUAUCCAUAGCCAUUCACCUCCAAGCUUACUCAAGAAUCUCCAAGUCUCUUUUAACUGAUCUACAUAACUCACCAUGUCUAGCACCUGCGGCAACUGUGACUGCGCCGACAAGAGCCAGUGCGUGAAGAAGGGCAGCAGCUACACUGCUGACGUUGUUGAGACUGAGAAGAGCUCUGUCUCAACUAUCGUCAUGGAGGUUCCAGCAGCCGAACAUGACGGCAAGUGCAAGUGCGGUGCUAGCUGCACUUGUGUGAACUGCACUUGCGGUCAUUAAACUCGAAAAUGACAGUGUGAGGAGUGGUUGCAAGGAAUUUGCUGAUGUUGUAGACUUAUGUUAAAUAAUUUGUGCCUGCUGUUGUAAUACUCUGCGUGGAAAAGUGUGUUUCCUUGCAUAUUGGCCAUAUCUAUAGCCUUGUGUGUUUCAAUGAGUUAAUGCUAACUGCUAGUAUACUCGUGUUUCUAGUCA